AUGAACAAAAGAGAAGAAAAAUUUGUGUGUUGCAUUUGUAAUGUUGGUUUUGGUAUUCCUGAAUUUCCAAAAUUAUUACCAUGUAUGCACAUGAUUUGUAGAGAUUGUUUAUUUCAAGUUAUAAUAGCACAAACAUCAAGACAGGAAUAUGUUGAUAAGGAAAGUGAAAUAUAUUGUGGAAUGUGUCAAAGAUAUGUCCAUAUACCAUACUGUAAUUUAGAUGAUUUACCUACAGUAUUUAAACUAAUUCAAAAUAAAGCUGAACAAACUAUUUGUUGUGAAGAAGGGUGUUGUACAAAAGGGUUUUCAUAUUGUUAUGAGUGUAAUGUUAUUUACUGUGAAAGUCAUUUAGAACAACAUAUUAAAACAAAUCCAACACAUAAAUUUGAAGUGUUUAAUGAAGGAAAAUAUUGUUUAAAACAUCAUUCAAUUAAAACAUAUUAUUGUUGUACAUGUAAUGAAAUAUUAUGUCCAGAGUGUUAUGUAUUAGACCAUUCAGGUGAUGUAGUUUGUAAAUAUCUAAAUUAUUUAUCAAAAUUUUAUACACACGAUCGGUUUAAUAUUAGUAAGAGAGUAUAUAAUCUUUCUCAAACAGUUCGUCGUGCAACAGAAAUUUAUGACUCAUUCUACUUUAAUCAACAACCAAUGACUGAUGCUCAAUUAGCUAUUUCUUCUACUCAAAUAGAACAAUUAAUUUCUCAAAAAAUAAAUGAAUUAAAAAAAGGAGGAAAGCUUUUAACUGGUGUUAGCAAGAUGGUUAAUGAAUUAGCAAACGAAUUUAGAAUUCAAUCUCCUAUUUGUCCUUCAUUCUCUACUAUUAAAACAACAACAAAUUUAAUUCCUUUAAAAGGAACUAUUGAUGUUGACCUUUAUUUCUAUGAUGUUUAUGAAAAACUAACGUUAACAAGUGAUAUUGCUCUUACACUUGUACCAAUUUCACAUAUUUUACCUGGUUGUACUGAUUAUUUAGAAGAAAUAAACCAUGACCUUGCUGAUGAAAUUUCAGGAGAUGGAGGAGAAGCUUCUGCUUCUAUUAAAGAAGUAGGAAAAGGAAGAAUUAGGAUAACAAUAAAAGGAGAAUCUAUAGGUGAUGUUUGUUUAAGAGUAUAUGUACAUAAGGUAGAGAUAAGAACUAGUCCAUUAAUAUUUCAUGUAAUUGAAGUACCAAAGAAAGUAUGUUGUUCGAAUAAAGAUAGAAAUGUGUGUUGUAUUAGUUCUAUGUGUACAUUACAAUCAGGUGCAUAUGUAAUAUCAGACCGUAACAAUCAUAACAUUAAAAUUUUUGAUGGAAAUAAUAUUGCCGUUGCUGGUGGAUUUGGAAAGAAUAAUGGACAAUUUAAACUUCCUACUGGAGUUACUUCUUGUGUAGUUGAUGGAAAAGAAAUUAUUGCAGUAACAGAUAUGUUAAAUUGUAAUGUACAACUUUUUAAUACUGUAGGAAAUCAUAUUAAAACACUUGGACGAAGUGGUCCAUUAUUAAAUGGAUGUUUACUUAAGCCAACUGCUGUUGCAAUAAGUAAUAAUAAACAAACUGUUUAUGUUGCUGAUUCCAAAUAUAAUAUAAUUCAAGGAUUUCCAAUUAAUGGACAACCAAAAAUUAUUGUACAAAAAAAGAAUAUUGGAGAAUUUCAAAUUGCUGAUCUUGAUAUUAUUGAAACAGAAUCUAAAACAGUACUUGUUAUUCUUGAUUCAUUAAAUCAUAGGUUAGUCUUAUUUAAUGUAGACGAUGAAACAUAUAAAGUAAAAGGUAGAUAUGAUGAUUGUGAUAGAAGAGGACAUUUCUCUUUUCCAAGAAGUCUUGCAAUUGAUCAUACAAAAAAUUAUAUUUAUGUAUUAGAUGGUCAAAAUAGAAUUCAACAAUUUAAUUAUGAAUUAUUCUUUAUGGGAAUGUAUGAAUAUCCUUCUGAACCAAUCAACAAAAUUUAUUACAGUUCUUCUUUAAAUAAAAUGUUACUUUGUUAUGGAACAGACUAUUUACAUGAAAUAUCAUUAGACACUAUUACUUUUUAUAUGAACUAA